GUUGAGAUUUCUAGCAUCCGUUUCGAUCUCAAACUCAAUUUACAAGAAGAAUUCGACCACAGAUUCGAUUUCAGCUCCCAGGAAGGUGUAUAGAGAUGUCUAUUUCAUCAGAAUCAGACCAUUAAUAGAUGGUUGAUUACCGUGGUUUGAUUUCAUCUCGGAAGUACUUCAACAAUCACACAAACAUGACCCAUCCUUUUACUUCAACUGAUGAAUUCACUCAUCUGAAACAACCCAAUCAAGUUCAUAAGAAUAGAAAACUGCCCCCUUCUUCGAGUCCCUUAAAGAUCCCGCUUUGCGCGCAGUCCCAAUCAGCCGCUGUUGAUAUUGUAAUCUUGGUCGUGGUUCUUGGUGCUUGUGGGGUUUUGGUCUUUCCUUAUGUUAAGCUGUUCUACCAUGGAAUCGUCGAAGUUGGUGGUGUUACACUUUCUGUGGUGAAAGAGGAGGUGGGCCAGGCUCCCAUUGUUUAUAUGGUUCUAGGACUUGGUUUUCUAUUCGCUUUCAUAUUUGUUUGGGGGAUUUUUCUCUGCAUGGAUAGGAAGUGCGACAGACCAAAUUGCCGUGGACUUCGUAACGCAGCAGAAUUUGAUAUCCAGCUUGAGACCGAGGAGUGUGUGAAGAAUUCGAGUUCUCCGGUGGCAAAAGUUGAUGUUGUGAAAGGACUAUUUGAAUUGGCUAAAGCUCAUCACAAAGAAUUGGAAGCUGAGAUUAGGAAUAUGGCACCUCCUAAUGGGAGGGCUAUUCUCAUUUUUCGGGGCAGGUGUGGAUGUUCUGUUGGUAGAAUGGAAGUUUGGGGACCAAAAAAGCUUCGCAAAAUGAAGAAGUAGAGUGAGAAUGAUAGAUAUCAAGGGAUCAAUAUCAGUUAUUGAUACUUAUCUCAUCAUUUCCCAUGCAAUUCGAUUUGGUAUAGUAAUACUUGAUAUGAACUGUACUGUUUAAAAUUUUAAGUAAGAGGAUGACAAUAUCCAUGUAACUAUUGUCAAUAAAAUGAAUAUAACAUCCUAUCAGUCUUUAUAUUCUUA